CUGAGAUACUGUAGCUACGGUAUUCAACUGUGAUGGGGAGUUACACUUAAGUGUAGGAUUCUAUUAUGUAUUUUUUCAUUUAAAUUACUUAGUUGUACUUCUAGAACUAGAGUAAGACCAUAGAUGGCUUCACAGAAAAGAAAAGCAUAUAGGGGAGCACUAGUAGCCCAGGAUACAGCAGAAACAUGUAUUUCUCCAAAUCGGAGACUAAUCUGCCGCCAACUAUUCUAUUUGGGUACCUUUUUGCAUCAUCUGACAGUCAUAGAGCUCCACAUUAUGAUGUAGGCUACAAUGUUGCGUCAUCUGACUGUCAAAGAUUGUCAUUCGCUAAAGCCCUUCAUAGGGCUAUUUGUUUAACGUUGCCAUGGCAUUUGAAUUAUUUAGUAGUUGUGUUUGACUCGUUGCGUCUGUGCGUUACCUGGAGACAGUCUACAAGAGUUGGUGAGGGACAGGUUAUGAAACACCGGUGCAGACACUCCAGGAUUUCCGCAAAUUCGAGAACUUUGGUCUUGUCCUCACAAGAAUGUACUCAAGAGAACGUGGUCAGAGAAUGCACUCAGAGCAUGAGAGUGUAGAGCACGGUAGUGCCAAGCCUGGGCUCAGGUACAGUGUGUCCGACUGGGACACCAAUAACAAGCAGAUAUCUGACACAGCAGAACACAGGCGACACAUGUCACACAUGACAAGGCAGGAAGGGAGGGCCUUACGCAAUGAGACAACCAGCAAGACUAACUGGGAUAAGAGUGACAGCUCUCGCAGGCUGAGUGAUAGGAUCUGGGAUAUCUCCCGCUGGAGAGAGACUUUGGAAUCAUGCAUACAGGAAGUGGAGAAAGAGAUGGAUGCCUUAACCCUGGGGAAGGAGGAGACUGAGCGGGCUCUGACGGCCACCGCAGUGCCUCUAGAGGUCACGGUGGAGUGCCUGACCCUGAGGGAGGGUCGCCGCGGCAACGAGCUGGUCAGCGACCCAGUGGAGGCCCAGCUGAAGAAGGAAGUGGAGAUGAUCGACAGAGCACAGCGGAUGCUCCAGCAGCGCAUCGACAAGGCGUUCGAGCAGCUGUGUCUUCUUCAGGUGUCCCGGCAGCAGCUGACCCAUGACCUUCAGAACAAGAUUGAGGCCCAGGACAUUGACCUCUCCUGCUUGGCUAUCACUGUGACUUCACCUAAGAUCUCCCUGAAGCCCAACCCCCUGCGCAUACCCAUAGGUUCCACCACCCCCCAGCAGUGGGAGCAGUUCAGCCAGUACAACGUGGCCCGAGCUCAGGAGGAGAUGCAGGCGUCACUGCAGCUGAGGGAGGACAUGAGUGUCACCAGGGUACAGUUGCAGAAUGAGCUGGAUGCUCAGCGAAUCGCCACAGUGUUUGCCAUCCGUAAACGCACUCACCACCUGGAGCAGGCCCGCGAUGAGGCGCAGUGGCAGAUGAAGAGCUCCCAGGAUGAGAUCUCAGAUAUGGAGAGGGACAUCCGUAGUCUAGAGGACGAUCUCCAGGCUAAGAUGGCCCCACUAAAGCUCGUCCACACCCGGCUGGAGAACAGGACCAAGAGGCCUGGAGUGGAUCUCUGUAGGGACGAGGUUCAGUAUGGGCUUGUGGAUGAAGCCAAUCAGCUGGAGGCCACCAUUCUGGCUCUGAAACAGAAACUGGCCCAGGCUCAGUACGCCCUCCAGGCCCUCCAGCUGCACCAGGCCCAUAUGGGGGAGGAUCUGUCCCGUAAGAAGGACGCCCUCUCUCUAGAGCAGCGCAGCCUUGAGACACGCGGACGCCUCGCCUCCGCUCCCUUCACUGACGUGUCCUCUGGCGCCGUGGUACCCCUCACCAACUCCAGCGGGAGACACAACCUGGAGCUGGCCUAGGCUCACCAAAUCAUCUCAUACACAACCUUAGGGUUCUCUGACCGUAACCUUAUUUCCCUCAAUUUAUUAACCAUACCAUAAAUAUCCACAUUCGCAUCUCAAUUGUGUCUUUGUGUCUAUGUUUAUCUUUUAGGCCCCUGUGUUUUCUGUGCGUUUUACAGCGCUCAUAGUCUUACACCUAUCUUCUGUAAGUUCCGUUAUGUGUUAUCAAUUGAACAUUGUGUAUCAAAAAAGAUCGGCAUCAUAUUAAAACUGCAAUAUGUAACUUUUUGGGCGACCUGACCAGUUUCACGUAGAAAUAUGAGUUAUAGAUAUGUCAUUUUCUUUGAAAGCAAGUCUAAGAAGCAGUAGGUCUGUUCUAUGUGCCUUAUUUCUAUGCUUCCCGUUCUAAAGUUUUGUUUUUGUGUCUUUUGGUUUUGUUUCAAAACAGCUGAAAAUAUAAUAUUAUUGGUUAUUGAAAAUAUAUUAAAGUGGUUUAGAUGGUACAAUGAUUCUCUACACUAUACUUGCUUGAUUUGUCACAAACUGAAGUUAGGCACACUAUUCGAAGUUUAGCAACCAGGAAAUGGUGGAGCAAUUUCUGCACAGUGCAUCUUUAAGUAACCUUUUCAAUGUAAGUAAUUAUCCUAGGAGUUCAUUCAGUUCAAAAGUAUCAUCAACAUUUGUAAAGAUAUUGAUAUCAAUAGAAUGGGAUGCUAUUGACGUAAAUUACAUGAUCAUUUUUCUGAAUAAUCUGAAAGUAAUUUUCCAAUUGACAGGUUGGCCUAUCUAGUUUCUCAGGGAGGCAGAUUAUCUCUGAACGUGAUUUCAUUCAAGAAACAUGACUAAUUUGCACAUGUAUUAAGAAAUCAGCGAGCUUGCCUACUGCUUCACUUGCUAAUUCUAGAAGUCCUAGGCCUAGCUAAAUAGUCUGUUACUGUCACGGUCCUGACCUGUUUUCUGUUAGUUUGUGUAUGUGUUAGCUGGUCAGGACGUGAGUUUGGGUGGGCAGUCUAUGUUUUCUGUUUCUAUGUUGGUUUAAGGGUGACCUGAUAUGGCUCUCAAUUAGAGGCAGGUGGUUUUCAUUUCCUCUGAUUGAGAGCCAUAUUAAGGUAGGUGUUUUCACAAUGUUUGUUUGUGGGUGGUUGUCUUCCGUGUCUGUAUGUUAUUUCGUACCACACGGGACUGUUUCGGUGUGUAUGUAGUCUGUUCCUGUUCAUGCGUUCUUCGUGUCUAUGUAAGUUCUCAUGUUUAGGUCAGUCUACGUCGUUUGUUAUUUUGUAUCAUUUCAAGUGUAGUUCGUGUUCGUUUUUCGUCUUGUAAAUAAAUUUAUUAUGGCAUCAUA